UUUAAAGUGCCUUUUCAACAUCUAAAAGGAUCACAAUCAGGCUUGCCUACUGUGAAAAACCCCAAAAAAAAAAAAAAAAAAAGAAGGAGAAAAACCCUAACUCGUCCAUUUCGACUCAGUCAGCUUUUAUCCUACUCGCUCAGUUUCACCAUGAGUCUGCUCAGAAGAAUCGAGCUCAUCGAGCCCUCCAUUUUCACUCCCAGAACUAUAGCUUUUCCUUCUUUUGUUGUUGAUCAAGUGGAAGAGUACGAGUACGAGUAUGACCUCGGCUUCGGACUCGACCUGGUGCGUUGUAGCCCUAGCCCAUUCGAGCUCUUCGACAGCGUCACCGAUCUGAUCCGCAUUGAAAAGAAGCCGUCGAUUUCGACUUACAGGCGAAUUCAGCGACUUGAGAGACUCGGAGGUAGUGCCAUAUUUCAGAGCCUGAGUGACAGAGUGUGUGAGUUGGAGUCCCGCUUUGAUCGGCUGCUGAAGAUCAAUGGCGGUCGCGAUCGGAAGUAUACAUGGACAGCUGAAAUCAAGAGCCCUGCGAAGCACGGUGUUGAUAGGAAGUACCAGUGGAUAACGGAGAUCAAAGAGGAAAAGAAGAAGGAGGAAGGGAUUAAGAAGACGUACAAAUGGACGGCUGAGAUUGAAGGGAAAGGAGAAGAUGGUCCGAUUUCGCGAACGUACACAUUCAAAGCAUCGAGUGGUGAUGCGGGUGAGAGUACCGAAUUGUCGAAGAAAGAUAAGCAUAAGAAGGAUAAGAACAAGAAGAAGGAUAAGGACGAGAAGGGCGUGCGUUUGGUGGAAAUUGAAGAGAAUGGGAAUAAUGAGGGCACUGUGGUUCUGCGACAGGCUUUUGCAAAAAGAUUUGGAGCUAGUGGAAGUGGCAAGGGUAAGAAGAAGGAAUUGUCACCUCAAGAUGCAGCAUUGAUGAUCCAGUUGAGUUUCAGAGCUUAUCUAAUUCGAAGAUCAAAAGCUCUUCGUGCCCUUAGAGACUUGGCAGUUGCUAAGUCCAAGUUAAAGGAGAUAAGGGCAUUUUUUAAUAAUUUUUCUUACCGCCGUCGUGUAGCCCACGAUGCGGAGGAGCGUCAAAGGUUCUCUGAGAAAAUCAUUGUCCUGCUUCUCACCGUUGAUGCUAUUGAGGGAGCUGAUCUAAUGGUGAGAUCUGCAAAGAAGUCGAUAGUGGAUGAGCUGGAAGCAAUGCUUGAUGUGGUGGAUCCCCAGCCUGCUGGUCCUGGGAAAUCACUUUCCUUUAGAAGGAGAACGUUUGAUAUGCCUGAUGGUAUCAUUCAGGAGGAAAUUGCUGCAGGUGUUGCGGAGGUUGUCCAAAUGCUUAAUAACGAGGAGAACUUUGGUGCAUGAUCAUGAGAGAAUUGCACUGGGAAUGUAACAAAUUGCCUCUAUUUGGGGUUGCUCUUUCGUGUUGUAGUUUGUUGGUAGAAAGAUGUAAUUGAGAUCUGCAGGACUUGUUUUCUAUCGGCAAUAGGUUUUUAAAACUGUUUGGUUUUCUUGCGAUAAAUCGGUUGCACUGCUCAUUGUGCUUAUGGAGCAUAUGUAUGACAUUUCAGUUGUUUGUUAUUUAUCAGUUUUCUCAAGCCUAGAAA